AUGCGGCCGCGACGGCUCCUUCCCCUCCUUGCCUUGCUUUUCUCGAUCAAACACUCCACUUCACAACGACCGACCGAAGACAUCUUCCGAAAUCUAUUCCCUAUUCAGCCUCCUCACUGUUCCAGAACACCGAUAGUCAUCGCUCAAGCCUCCACAAGUGCGAAUGCAGCGAUUUCGCGAGGCGGUAUGCAGAUGCAGUUCUACAUUGGGUUGCACACGACCGUCUGUUUCCGGCUGGAGGAGGGCGUCCCCGUUGCUUCUAACCGUACCGACCAUAUAUCGCAGUCUCAAGAACAGCCCGCAUUUUCAUGGCUCCACACCAUUCGACUAGACAGGCUCGAACACCAUCAUCCGGUGACUCAACGAUACCAAUUCGGCAUUCCUGAAGUGAGAGCGGACUGCAUCUGUGAAUGCAAUGCUGCUUCCGACAGCUGCACCGCCGAGUCCCACCAAUACACGCAGUGUCCUGAGGAUCCUGGCCGCGACUUCCUCACUUCUUGUUAUCGCACAUUUUUGCCUAAUCAGUCUCCUAUUGGAUGUCCUCCUGGCAGCAAUGCGAAGCUCUGCUGUGAAGUCAAGUUCAGGCCUUACAGGAAUCAAACUUACACAGCAGUGAAGUUGGAACAACCGUCAACGUUCGCCACUUUCGUCUACACCGCCUACGACUACAGUAAUGGUCGUUGGAUAGAAAAGGACCACAGUACCAUUAGAUCUCAACUGGAUGGAGGGACCCAGGAUAGAUACCUCGAUUCUCUCGGACGAAUAGCUCUGUCAGUGUCAGCAGGAGGUCGAGUAUCACAUCAGCUUGAAACAGGAAUGUACUUCGCGAAUUCCAAUCCUGGAGGAGAGAUGGAUGAACUAAGAAAACAACCAUUGAACGAAAUUACAGACAAUAAUUUCGAUAGACUGGGAUGGUACCGAGUAGACGAAAGUGGAAGGUUCCAUGUCAAUAACGGCAUAGUUAAGAUGGAAGAAAUUCACAAAGCGAAGGUGAAAAACUGCCACGAUCAGACCUACAGAAGUAUAAUCGAUGCAAAAAAUUACAUGCCCGGAAAUUUCAACCUUUCGCGCCCAUUGGAAAUGGUGUAUCCAUGGAUUCAGAGCGCUCGGAUCUAUGAUGGCUCUCAACGUCAGGUGAUUGUUACCCAUGCCGAAGGGACUAAUCUUCACAUCACACUACAAGUGAAUGGGGAUGCUGAUGGACACCGUCUUGUUUUCUUUCACAACGCCUCAAAGAUCUCAGAUUUCACUGGGACAAUCAUUGUCGACUCGAGGAGCAACAGGUACUUCAACGUUACAUUGUACGGUGCGUCCGGUAAGAUCAACGGGGCGGUGAGGUACUCGAUUCACCGCGAUUCUGACGAGAUUUUCUCUUUUACAACUUACGUCCACGAUCUCAAUGCGUCAAACCGAUCGAUGAUCAUUCCUCUGCCAGCCGUGGUGGAAUCUGGGCCGAGGAUCAUCUGCAUGUAUGCUGAUGAACAACGUGAAGAGCAAGCAUUAUGCCGCAUAGUACAGUACCACGAGACUCCACUGGAGAUUGACAUUGAGCACAACACUUGGCACGAGAUGGUGGGAAGUUGCCCUUCAUGCAAUCAAAUAAACCUUACAGGUCUUUCAAAGUAUUUGAAUCCGAUGUCGUGGGUGAACGGCGUUUCAUCGCUCGGCGAAUUCGUCAUGAUGGCUACCGACAUCCUUGUGUAUGUGUGCGUGCUUGUGGUGGUCUACGUCAUCCUCACCAAGAUCGUCAUUCCCAUCUGUAAAUGUUGGAUCUGUCCUAUGUACAUAAUGUCACAACCGAGACCAAAGUCAAAGAGGAGGGUGAAGAGCACCAAGAAUGCAGAGGACGAAGGAAUGAGGAAGACAGCGCCGCUGAAGCUGAGAUUGAUGUUCCGCGUGGGGAAAGGACAAUUCCCGAAAGUUACGUUGAAUACGAGACUGCGUCAAUUAUGGUGUGAUUGGGGAGUGUUGAUUGUUGAUUGCUUUCAUUUCAUCGCACCUGUGGAUUUUUCAUUUCAUCGCACCUGCGACAAGACGUUCUCAAGAAGAAUGACUAAAUCAAAAGUGUUCGUCAUCGGUGUUGGAAUGACAAAAUUUUGUAAACCAGGAUCUCGUGACUGGGAUUAUCCAGAUAUGGUAAAGGAAGCUGUGAACAUGGCGCUAGAUGAUUGCAAACUGAAAUAUUCGGACAUUCAGCAGGCUACUGUUGGAUACCUGUUUGGAGGUACCUGCUGUGGACAAAGGGCUCUUUAUGAGCUCGGAUUUACCGGGAUACCUAUCUUCAAUGUGAACAAUGCAUGCGCUUCUGGGUCAUCAGGACUAUUUCUGUGUAAGCAAAUACUUGAAAGCGGUAACGCUGAUGUUGUACUUGCGUGUGGCUUCGAAAAAAUGGCCACGGGAUCUUUGGAUACUCAAGCUGGCAACAGUGAUGACAGAGCUCUGUCUGUGGACAAUCAUAUCCAAGUAAUGGCAGAUACCUACGGCCUUUUCCCCGCUCCUAUGACUGCCCAGAUGUUCGGAAAUGCUGGAAAAGAACAUAUGGAAAAAUACGGUACAAAACGAGAACAUUUUGCAAAAAUUGCUUGGAAGAAUCACCUGCACUCUGUUCAUAACUCCAACUCGCAAUUUACCAAAGAGUUCAGUCUUGACCAGGUGCUCAAUGCCAGAAAGAUUUAUGACUUUAUGGGACUCCUCGAGUGCAGUCCCACAUCCGAUGGAUCUGCGGCUGCAGUACUGUGUUCGGAGCGAUUCCUCGAGAAGAAUCCCCAUUUAAAGACUCAAGCAGUUGAAAUCGUUGCACUAAAACUCGGGACAGAUCUGCCAUCUGUGUUCAAAGAGAACAGCAACAUAAAAAUGAUCGGAUUUGAUAUGAUCCAGAAGAUCUCGUCGGAACUCUACAAGGAAGCAGGCAUUACACCAGAUGAUGUGCAGGUGAUUGAACUGCACGAUUGUUUUGCUCCCAAUGAACUCAUCACCUACGAAGCGUUGGGCCUCUGCGAUAUUGGCAAAGGAGGGACCAUCGUAGACCGAGGAGACAACACGUACGGCGGAAAGUGGGUCAUUAAUCCUUCGGGUGGGCUCAUCUCUAAGGGUCAUCCGAUCGGAGCGACAGGAGUGGCCCAAGUUGUCGAACUGUCUAAUCAGCUACGAGGAAAAUGUGGGAAACGCCAAGUGCCGAACUGUAAAAUGGGAAUGCAGCACAAUAUUGGAAUCGGUGGUGCCGGUGUGGUCGGUCUUUAUCGACUAGCUUUCCCGCCAUCUUCUUCAACAUCAGCGACACCUCCGAGUAAAAUGGGCGACUUUAAGUCCGACGUCAUCUUCGAAGAGAUCAAACAACGCAUUAGUCAGAAUGUAUUCUUCUGUUCAUAUCUUCUUCUCCUCCACAACGGUUUACCACCUCAUAGUGGCGUGGAGGUGACUCUGGGCGUCAAACUGCGAUGCACAUCGGAGGUUCGCACUCCAGCAGGCCUACUCGCCGUGGCAUGGCUGCUUAGUUUGGGGAAAAAUCGUUUCGCCACUCCAGCAUAUGCACUGUCUCAGUACCCUGCACACUGGGCCCUGCCGUCUCAGACGUCGGACGGUAUGGCGACCGGUGAGAGGCGAUCAAAUCUCAGGUUGCUCAGGACGUCAUUGAUUCUGGACCAAUUCGACACACGCACGACUCUCCAUGGAGACUGUUUCAGACUGUGUACUUACAACGCAAGAACAGUGUCCACAGACGCUGACCUGCAUGCCCUUCUCGGAGGUGCAGAGCGUACCAAAUUUCACGUGAUUGCUCUGCAGGAGACCAAGUGCAAAAAGAGCGACGUACGACAGAUGAAUGACGGUACACUCGUCAUUCGUGGUGAGAAGGUUCCGUCGCGAGAUGUAGGCGGUAUUGGUUUUGUUGUGUACCCAUCCGUCGUCCAUCUUGUCGAUUCUCACGAGAUCCUGUCACCUCGCCUGGCCAUUCUUCGCCUCCGCCCUCUGCGUCAAAAACCCAUCAGUAUCAUCAACUGUUACUCACCAACACAAGCAGCUGAUGAAUCCAAAUUGGACGCGUUUUACGAGAAGCUGGAGGAAGUAAUCUGCAACGAGAAGUCCUUCUACAAAUUCGUUGUCGGAGACUUCAACGCAAAAUUUAGAGAGGCUACGGAAGAGGAAUACAGGAUCGAGAGAUCCGGACUAGGGGAUCGGAAUGAAAAUGACAAUCGUCUCGCCAGGCUGUUGUCCGCCGCUCGCCUCUUUCAUGGGAACUCUCUUUUCAUGAAAAAAGAUCAUCGUCGGUGGACAUGGGAAUCGCCCAAGGGCGCGACUCGUGCGGAGAUCGACCACAUGCUCACCAACCGGAGGUGGUGUCUACUUGACGUCUCAGUAGUACCAUCCUUUUGUAGUGGUUCUGAUCACCGUCUCCUUCGCGAAAAUACGACUUAG